AUGUAUGGGAAUCGGGCAUUUUUUUGCAGUGCCUGGCAGUAUGAUAUAAUUAUCUUAACAAUCUUUAAGAUAUUAUCUACAGUACUAACUAUGAUAGCUACUACGCUAUCCCAAUAUGAAUAUGUUCUUAUAUAUGAUAAAUCCAACAUCCGAGUAUCUGGAUCACCACAUGACCUUCCGGCUUCCGUGGCGCAAUUGGCAGCGCGUCUGACUGUUAAUCAGGAGGUUGGUGGUUCGAGCCCACCCGGGAGCGCAUGUCAUGCAAUGCAUUUUAUUCAUGUUUUUGUUAUACAUUUUGUCGUUCCUGAUCUGGGAUGGUCUUCCUUUUACUAUAGCAAAGUCAAAAGGUCAAACCCACUGGGGAUCAAAGAGUAUAUGUAA